AUGGAUAAAAAGCCAUGCAAAUCUCAAGAUGUUGAAGUGAGGAAAGGACCAUGGACCAUGGAAGAAGAUCUUAUUCUCAUGAAUUACAUAGCCAAUCAUGGAGAAGGCGUUUGGAACUCGCUUGCUCGAUCAGCUGGGCUCAAGCGCACUGGAAAAAGCUGUCGAUUGAGGUGGCUUAACUACCUUCGACCGGACGUUAGGAGGGGAAAUAUUACUCCGGAGGAGCAACUUUUGAUUAUGGAGUUGCAUGCUAAGUGGGGAAAUAGGUGGUCGAAAAUCGCGAAGCAUCUUCCCGGAAGAACCGACAAUGAAAUUAAGAACUACUGGAGGACUCGAAUCCAGAAGCACAUUAAGCAGGCCGAGAAUAGUUGCGUACCGGGCCAAUCAGGCGGCGAUCAACACAACACAGAUCAAGCCAGCACGAGCCAGAUGUCGGGCUACGGGCCCACGGAUCACACGGAUGAGUCCUAUUUUCAAGGCCCAUUUCCCACCGACCAAACAAAUGAUGGCCUUUGGAGCAUGGAGGAUCUUUGGUCCAUGAAUUUGGUCAAUGGAGACUAA